AUUAUAAUUACAAACCAGGCCCGAAUCCAGAUCGUCAAUGACUCAUGCAGAGUCAGCACAGACAGCAUAUACAUACAAAAUACACACACACACACCAGCAAAGAGAAUUCAUUCAUUUCAAAGAGAGCGUGUGUAUAUUGUGUCUAAUGUAGAAUUGUAGAGAGAGAAAGAGAUCAAGAGAGAGAGAGAAAGAACACUACAUACAGUGAAAGAUCUGAAAAGCAAAUAAUGGGGUGAGAAAAAGAGAGAAAACUAAAAAGCAAGUGUCUUUGUUUUAUCAAUCACGCCUUCCGAUACAACAUCUCUCUUCCAUUUUUUUCCGUUUGAUUUUCUUCUCUCCGGUAUUGUUUCUUAGGAAUUUUCUUUUGAGGCGGCCGCUUUAAUUGCUCGAUUAUUCGAGACUUGAGUUUCAAUAAGAUAGACUGAAUAUUGGUGUCUUGUUUUCCGGAAUUUUAUUUGCUGCUGUUAUUAAUUAAGUGAUCAUCCCUUAAUAAAAAAGGAUGGCAAAGUUAUCGAAUAGCGAUUCUAGACGAAUGUAUUCGUGGUGGUGGGAUAGCCAUAUUAGCCCCAAAAAUUCGAGAUGGCUCCAAGAAAAUCUCACAGAUAUCGAUGUCAAAGUCAAAUCAAUGAUAAAACUCAUCGAAGAAGAUGCUGAUUCCUUUGCAAAGAGGGCAGAUAUGUAUUACAAAAAAAGACCCGAGCUUAUGAAAAUGGUGGAGGAGUUCUACAGAGCAUAUCGUGCACUAGCAGAAAGAUACGAUCACGCAACUGGUGUUAUUCGCCACGCCCACCGUACUAUGUCUGAACAUUUUCCGAAUCAAGACCAGAUGAUGUUUCCAGAUGAUUCCCCCCCAAGUUCUGCCCCCGACAUGUCGACACCGAUGGGAGAAUUCACUGACGAGUCCGAUUCUGUUUCUAGAAGAAAGCCCGCAAAAGCGUUCAAUGAAGUGAGAAGGGGUCUUAACUUUGACGAGGUGGACGAGGAAGAAAAUGAUUCCGAGGAUAUUCUUUCGUUGAAGAAAGCUAUUGCUGAGCUGGAAGCUGAGAAAGAAGCUGGACUUGUACAGUACCAACAAAGUUCGGACAAGCUGGCUCAGCUCGAGGCUGAGAUUACGAAAACCCGCGAGGAUUUCAAAUUGCUUACUGAUCAUGCGAGUAAAGCUGACGACGAGGUUGUUGUCCUAAAAGAAGCGCUCAGCAAAUUCGAAGCUGAAAGGGAGUCUAAGUUUCAAGAAUACAAACAGUGUCUGGAUAGAAUAUCCGAUCUAGAGACAACCGUAUCGACUGCUGAAGUCGAAGCACAAUCCUUAAAAAACGAACUCGAUAAAUUAGCUCUCGAAAAGGACUUAGCUCUCGAUCAGUACAUGCAGUCGUUGGGGACCAUUUCGAAGCUGGAGAACAAUCUAGAAGUUUCUAAAGAAGAUGCCAUGAGGUUGAAAGAGAAGGCUGAAAAGGCAGAGGGCGAAAUCGAAAUUCUCCGACAAAAUGUCUCGAAAUUAACCAAGGAAAAGGAAGCUGCGGCUCUGCAGUACAAGCAGUGCUUGGAGACGAUUUCUAGCCUGGAGGAAAAAUGUCUCGUGUUGGAGAGGGCAAACCAGUCUUUUCAUUCGGAGAUAGAAUCUUUGACGUUGAAGAUGGGGAAUCAAUCACACGAGCUCACUGAGAAGCAGAAGGAAUUGGGGAGGCUUUGGGCUUGCGUGCAAGAAGAACGAUUGCGCUUCGUCGAGGCUGAAACUGCUUUUCAAACUCUGCAGCAUUUGCAUGCACAAACUCAAGAGGAGUUGCGGGCCAUGGGCUCGGAGUUGCAGAACCGGGCCCACCUAAUGAAGGUCUUCGAGUCCAGAAAUCAGAGUUUACAAGACGAGGUUCGAAAGUAUGAAGAGGAGAAUAAGCACCUUAAUGAGCUGAAUGAAUCUUCUGCCCUGUCGAUAAAAGAUAUGCAAAACGAGAUCUAUAGCUUAACUGAAUCGAAAGGAAAACUCGUGGAGGAAGUUGAGCUUCGACUAGACGAAAGAAACGCCCUGCAGCAAGAAAUAUAUUCUCUGAAAGAAGAACUAAAUGGUCUGAACCAGAAGCACCUCUCGGUGUCGGACGAGGUGAAACAGUUGCAGGACGAGAAUUCUUGUCUGAAAGAUACUUCUCAGAGGGAAAGUAUUGAGAAAGCCGCUCUUCUGCAGAAACUGGUAAUUCUGGAACAGCUUCUCGAGAAAAAUUCGAUCUUGGAGAUGUCUCUGUCCGAUUUGAAUGCUGAGCUGGAGGCUGUUAGAGGGAAGAUGGAAGCACUGGAGCAAUCGUGCAGAUCUCUUAUGGAAGAGAAAUCCACUCUCGUGGCGGAAUUAAAGGCGACAAACGAGAAUCUUGAAAAGCUCUCGGAGAAUAACACGGUUCUAGAAAGUUCCCUCUCUAAAGCACAGCAUCAACUCGAAGCUUUAAAGGCUAAAUCGAAAAUCUUGGAAGAUUCGUGUCAGUUGCUCGUGAACGAAAAGGCUGGUCUGAUAACUGAAAACGACGGUUUAAUUUCUCGUCUGGAGAAUACACAGACAAGAUUAGAGGAACUGGAAGGAAGAUGUUUUGAUCUGGAGAGAGAGAAAGAGUCAACUCUUCGUAAAGUUGAAGAGCUGAAGAUGUCUCUUGAGUUGGAGAGGCAAGAACACGGCAACUAUGUUCAGACAAGCGAUACUAGGUUCAGUGGUGUUGAAGCUGAGAUGCUUGUACUGGAAGAUAAGGCCAUGAGUAACGAAAUCGAGAUACUCGUCUUACGCAAUACUGCUCGACUGUUGAAGGAAAAUAGUAAUUCCAUGCUUGUAAAGAAUCAGAAACUUCUACAUGAAUCGAGUUUGUCGGAAACGAAGAUUUUGCAGUUGGAGAAGAAAAGUUCCGAGCAACAAUUUGAGAUAAAUUCUUUGUCAGAUCAAGCUAGUGUUCUGAGGGCGGGAAUUUUUCGAUUGUUGAAAGUUUUGGGCUUGUGCGACGAUUCUUCGUGUGAGGAUAAUGCUACAAAGGACCAGGUUUAUUUCAAACAGCUGUUGACUAAACUUCAAAGCAUGAAAAAUUCAAUCCGCAAAGCCGAGGAAGAAAAUCUCGAGCAGUGUGUUGAGUUAUCGGUUCUUUUCACAUUGAUCAAUCAAUUAAGUACCGAUUCAAAAAUUCUCAAGGUGGAAAAGACCAAAAUCGAGCACGCAUUGUUGGCUCGGAUCGAGGGUUUAAGUGAGAAGCUAAUGUAUACGCAAGGUGUUUGCCAGAUCUUGGAAAGGGAGAAGUUGGCGAAUUCCGACGAGAAAAGUUCGUUAACGGAUAACAUCGUACACUUGGAGGAAAAGAAUAAUGUCCUGGAAGAGGAAAACUAUGUCUUGUGCGAUAAAGUCUUGGCCUUGGAGAAUCUCUCGUUGCUUUUCCAAUGCUUUGCCGACGAGAAACUUACGGCGUUGAGAGAACUUGGGAGCGAUCGGAAUAAGCUUUGCGAGAUGAAUGCUGCUCUUAUGGAGAAGUUAACCUCAACCGAGGCGAGAUUGGAGGAAUCGAAGAUCGAAAAUCUCGACCACAAGGACAAGCUGCAGAAAACAGACAAUGAAUUUAAGGUUGUUGCCUCUGUCAGAGAUCAGUUGAGCGACGAGAUGAAGAAUACAAAGGAGGCGUUGCAUCAGAUGGCAAUAAAACUUCAAGAAGCGGAAGAGAAGAUAAGUCUAGUCGAAAAGCAGAAACUGGAGUUAUCUGAAGACAAUGGCGAUUUGAAAACGGAGAAUACUUUCUUGCGUGAAGCAAGUCAGAAACUGGAAUUCAAUCUGCAUGAAUUGCAGGGAGAGCACGAUAAGAGAAAAAUCCAAGAAGAGAAUUUACAAUUUGAGCUGCAAAGUAAAAUAAAUGAGAUCAACGAGCUGGAGAAACGAGCCGCAUUGGUUUUCGGUGAAUUGCAGUAUUCCAUGGUGAGUCAGCUUCUUUACGAGCAGAAGUAUAACGAGCUCCGCAAUGAGUGCUUUGGAUAUAUCGGUCAAAACAAAGGCCUCAAGAGUCAACUCGCUGCAUAUGGACCCGAGAUUGCAUCGUUGAAGGAAUGUAUAUCGUCCCUCGAGAACCACACCGAUAUACACAUCAAGUUUCAAAAUCCCGAAAACAAGGAAUUUCAGGGUGCUGAAGUUGAAAGCAUUUCCGACUUGCGGGACCUACGUGUUCGUCUCCAAGCAAUCGUAAAGUCGGCAGUGGAAAUAAAGGAGAUCAUGGUAAAUGAGAAUAUCGAUCUUCAUUCCAAAUUAGAAGCUUCCGCAAGGCAAAUCGAGUUAUUACAACAACAAUCCGACGACGGCGGGCGAUAUAGGAGACCACACAGGGCCACUUCCGAAAUCUCCGAGGCGGACAAUGUUCUCCUAACAAAAGACAUUGUUCUCGAUCAAAUAUCCGACAGCAAAAGACAACCCGCUGACGUGGACAAUCAAAUAGUCGAAUCAUGGGAAACUUCCGAUCCAGACGGCACGAUCGGGCUCACCGUCGGAAAGUCAAAGAAGACGUUUGACCGCAACGAUUUUCGCCGUUCUAUAUCGAUGAAGAAACAGAAAGAUCGAUUGCUAUUGGAGAAGGAUUCGAGCACAGAAAAGAUCAAGCCCCUACAGGAAGUUAAAAACAACAAGAAGAAGGUUCUAGAAAGGCUCGACUCGGACGUUCAGAAGCUGGCGAAUCUACAAAUUACGGUACAGGAUUUGAAGAGGAAGCUCGAGGUGACGGAGAAGGGCAAACGUGGAAAAGCGGUUCUCGAGUGCGAGUCGCUGAAAGGACAGCUGGACGAGGCCGACGUGGCGGUGAUGAAGAUGUUUGAUCUGAACGGGAGGCUGAUGAAGAGCGUGGACGACAGGUCGUUUUCGGACAGUAAAUCAUCGUUCGACUUUGAGGGCGAAGAAGGAAAUACGAGGAGGAGAGUGUCGGAGCAGGCUCGGAGGAUGUCUGAGAAAAUCGGGAGGCUGCAGUUGGAGGUGCAGAGGUUGCAGUUUGUAUUGAUGAAACUUGACGAUGAGAGAGAAAACGGGAAAGCGAAAAUGGCGGAAAUGAAAAGAAGGAUUCUUUUGAGGGAUUAUUUGUAUGGAGGAGGAAGAACUGGGCAGAGGCGGAAGAAGGGGAAUUUUUGUGCUUGUGCGCAGCCUUCGGUUGUUGAAGAUUAAGUUUUUUUUUUUUUUUUUAAUAUAAUGUUUUUUGUAUUAUUAUUAUUACCUGAAACUUAUGUUGGAUGUAGUAGUUUUUUCUGUUUUUUCAUGGCGCGUGUAAAUGAUUAUUGUCUAGAUGUUUUGUAUUAAUAUAUAAAUAUUUUCUACC